AUGAUAGGAAGAGCCGCAUCGGCGAUCAGCAACGCCGCUAUGAACGCCACGCUACAAGCCGCUAUCCCUCGUGGUAAUCUCUUUUUUCCGACAAUCUCCGCUUCAAAUUCGGGUCCAGCGAUCGAUAGGCCACGCUUUCACCUGCUCAGAUUCUAUCGAAAUCAAUCAAACGAAGCUUUUACCCUUUGUUCCACGAUUUCGUUUCGCAGCUCAUCUAGACAUUCUCGCGUUAUUCUUUUAAUCGAUGCCGCUUCCCAGCCUAAACUCCCCCCUGACAAUGUCUUCCGCCCGGAUCGCCCCGCCGAAACGAGCCUUGGGUCCAAAAAGAGGGGCAAUGCCCCGCCUCCGAUUCACGGAAUAA